AAGUGACACUGGAACCAGUCGGGUUGUAAUUUGUCGAAAUCGGCCUGCAAAAACACUUGGCAUUUCGACAGCAAUCAUCAGUAGAAAACCUCAUCGUCCCCCCCGCACCAACUGAGCCCCCUGUUAUCGCACACUUCUUGUCGAGUCGUUACUUUUCUCAUUUUAAAAAGCAUCUCAAAAUGGAUCAAAUCCAGCCGUACCUCCAGCAGUUUGAUAACUACCUCGGAAAGUUCAGAACCUUGAACAGAAUUGAAAAGGCUACAGGAGUGCCAAAGACCUACUUCACGUUGGCCGUUUACGCCCUUACUUCGAUUUCCGUUUUCUUCAACAUCUUUGCUGGUCUCACCACCAAUCUUCUUGCUAUCAUCUACCCUACAUACCGCGCAUUUGAGGCAUCCUACAAGGAGGAUACGGCGGCAUUGAAAGUCUGGGCGACCUACUUCUGGGCUAUUGGCAUCGUGAACAUUGUGGAAUUGGGCAUUACUACCAUCUUGGCGUGGUUCCCGUUCUACUACGUUGUCAAAGUUGUGUUUGUCUUUUGGCUCUUCCUGCCUCAGUACUUUGGAGCAAAACUUAUCCAUGACGCGGUUUUGCCUCAGUUGACUCCUUUCUUCAAGCGUGCUGAGGCCGAGCAGGCUCAAACCAAACUCGAGUAACUAGUAGAUAAUUCAUAGUAUAGGGUAACUGGUACAUAAUGAUACAAAUAACGGGCCCACUUAAAUGGUUCCAUAUACCUCCGA